UGAAUUUUGGGGUGCCCCAGACGUGGUGGUGUGGUCCAACGAGCGGGUCAGCGCCUGGGUGAGCAGCGUGGGGCUGCGCGAGUUCGCGCCCAACCUGGGCGAGUCGGGCGUGCACGGCGCGCUGCUGGCGCUCGACGACACCUUCGACUGGGCCGACCUGGCGCUGCUGCUGCAGAUCCCCACCCAGAACACCCAGGCUCGGCAGCUGCUGGAGAAGGAGUUCAGCGCUUUGAUCUCGGCGGGAACCGAGCGGCGCCUCGAUGAGGACGCCCCCAGACCCUUCAGCCGCUCCCCGUCCUGGCGGAAGCUGUUCCGGGAGAAGGAGCUGCGGGGCGGGGGGUCCCGACGCUGCCGAGAUGUUGCCCCCCCAACUUUCGGGGGGGGACCCCUGGGGACCCCUCCCCUGCCCCUGCGCAAGGUCCAGCCCGACGGGAACUCGCUGCCCCCCCCGAGGGGGGAUGGGGGGGUCUCGGUCCGGACCUACUCCUGUUAA